AUGAUGGAUAUCGAGAUUUCAAAGGAGGACCUUCUAAAACCUGUAACAAACAAUUUAGAUAUUAGGGUAAUGUUGAAUUAAACACACCAAUUAAAUCAUAGUAGCAAUAAAAAUUGAAUCAAACCAAGAAAAAUUAAACUUCUCCAUAUUAAAUGCAUCAAAUUUAAGAAUUUAUUUUAAUGUGGGUGGAAUAGCUUAAAAAAUAUAACGAUGGUAUGUUUGAAUUCGAUUUAGAUCCUGAUCUGAUUUUGAUGAUGCAUUAAAUGAAUGAUGUCCUACAUUCGAGUGACUAAACAUCAAGUUAAAAAUAAUUUAAUUAUACUCCAAAAUAAUAAUAUAAUGAUGAGAACAGUGUUUAUUCUAAUUACAAAUAAGACAUACUUUAAAUAAUGAAUGAUCGUGUUAUGUGUGUAUCGGAGGAAAUAUAAAAUUAAGUAUGCUAAUCUCCAAAAACAGUUGAACAUGGUAAAUAUUUUAAUGAAACUUGUAGUGAAAUAACCUAACAAGUAAAUAAGAAAGAACGUGAAUUUAAAAGUAACCUAAUUAGAAUUAUUUAGAUAAAAAUGAUGAUGAGUUUUGUAAAGAGUUUGAUUAAUAUAACUCAAAAUUUUCAGGAUCACCAUUAAAUUCAAUAUCUCUCAAAAAAUCUCGUAAAUUUGAUGAUGUGAAUAUAAAUCACAUACUUUCAUUUAGGAAAAAUCAAUAAGAACAAAUAAAGUAAAAAAAUAGUUUGACAGAAAUGAAAAAAGUUGUUGGAUAGAAGUUACAAAGAGAAAUUCCUUUAUUCAAAGAAGAUGUCUUAAGUGAGGAUAGCAAAUUAAGUAAAAGUUACUCAGAGUUACAAGACUAAGUUAAUAAUUACUAAGAAAUGUGUUGCAAAUCUACAUUAAAGAUUAAAAAAUUAGAACAAAUAAUCUAAGACUAAAAACAAUAACUUGAGGCUUAAUAAUCAGAAUCAAAUUCAGAAUAGUUUAUUUUGUAAUUGGUAGGUUUCUUUCAAGGAGAUAAAAUUGAAAUUGAUAACAUUGAAGAUGCAAAAACAAAAAUUAUGGAAUAUGUUAUGACUUAAUAACAAUAAGUCCAAGGUUUGACUAAGUAAUUAUAAAUGACUUAGCAAAAUAAUCAAAUCAUGAUAUAGCGUCUUGAAAAUGAUAAUCAAUUAAGUAAGAAUAGGUUAGGAACAGAAAAGAAAAUGUUAGAGUUUUAGAUUAUGACACUUAAUAAUGCGAUAUAACAAUAAGAGAGGAAUUAUUAACAAUUAAAUUAAGAAUUGGAGUAGUUAAGAUUAUCUGAUUAGAUAGCUACAAAUCAACAAUUAGUUAAAAUAGGUUACAAUCAAAUGAAAUAAUAACAGCACCUCAUUUAUAUUGCUGCAACAAUAUUAUAAUAAUAUAUUAAUUCUACAGUAUUUUAAUUAAAUGUUGCAGGAACUUUAUAAGAAUACAUUGUGUAGUUAAGGUUGAAUGAAGAAGAAGUCUUGAAAUAAAUUACAAAUUAAAAAGAAUUUUAAGAGACUACUAUGGAUUGUUUUAAUAAUAGUUAAGAAACCAUUUAACAUGUAAUUUAAAUUCUUUGUACUGAAUACACAAAAGUGAUAAAUAAUAUUAUUAAUUAAAGAAUAGAGUUGUAAAAACAAUUAUGUUGA